AUGGGACCCGGCCUGGAGCAGUGGGAGGGGUCACUCGACGCCCAGGGAUGGCUCAAGAAGGCCAAAGGGGGCAAACAAUGCUGGAUCGCGGUGAUUGUUGGCUCGCACCUGAACUGGGUCGAACACAAGAAGCUGGACCUUCUCGAGGAGAAGCAUGCCACCGUGGUGGCGGUAAUCAACCAUGGCAACCGAGGUGGCAAGGUGAUGCUCGUCUGGGAUUCCGAUAGACAGGUAACACCCCUUGGCCUCAGAGAGCGCGCUGUGACGCACAUCAAGAGCGGUCCUGUGAAGGCAUUGUACAAUGCCCUCAGGGACAAUGGGAGGAACAGGCCGCGGACGGAGUAUACCAUUCUUUGA